ACUGGAAGAUGUAUCAAACAAUGCAGGAAGCACCGCGUUUAUCUAAAUUUACUCAAACAUCCGUGUUUGUAUCGCUCUGUAUUUAUUGCGCAGUACAGCGACACCCACGGAAGUGACCAAGAUGGGAAGAAUUGACGAUAUGACGCAACGUCCCGGCGCUUGGCAACACGCAUCGAGCGAUUCAUUCUGAAGCACAGAGAUGGCUUAGCUAGUUUGCUACUUCACUGUAAUAUAAACAUGAAGCCAACUCGGAUAAACGUUAACCUAUCUAUUUUACGUUAAUAAGACUCUUGUUUAUAUCAUACAACCAUCCGACCAUGAAGCUGCUCCAUAAAGACAUUGAAAAAGAUAAUACCGGUCAGGUGACCCUGAUGCCAGAGGAGGCAGAGGAUAUGUGGCACACCUACAACCUGCUGCAAGUGGGGGACAGUCUGAGAGCCUCCACUAUCAGGAAGGUGCAGACAGAGUCCGCUACUGGAAGCGUGGGCAGCUCCAGAGUUCGAACUACUCUUACCUUAUGUGUGGAGACGAUCGACUUUGACUCCCAGGCCUGCCAGCUGAGAGUAAAGGGCACUAACAUAGAGGAGAACCAGUAUGUCAAGAUGGGGGCUUACCACACUAUAGAGCUCGAGCUUAACAGGAAGUUCACUCUAGCUAAAAAGAGCUGGGACAGUGUUGUGCUGGAUAGAAUCGAGCAGGCAUGUGAUGCAACCCAGAAGGCAGAUGUGGCAGCUGUCGUAAUGCAGGAGGGUCUGGCCAACCUGGUGCUGGUGACCCCCGCCAUGACUCUGCUCCGCGCAAAAGUGGAGGUCACCAUUCCUCGCAAGAGAAGGGGAAGCUGCACUCAGCACGAGAAGGCGCUGGAGAGGUUCUAUGAGGCUGUGAUGCAGGCGAUUCUUCGUCACAUCAAUUUUGAUGUGGUAAAGUGCAUCCUGAUUGCCAGUCCAGGGUUUGUGAGGGACCAGUUCAUCACCUACCUCUUUAAAGAGGCAGUGCGACAGGACAACAAGGUCCUGCUGGAGAAUCGCCCCAAAUUCAUGCUGGUCCACUCAUCAUCAGGUCAUAAGUACUCACUCAAAGAAAUCCUUUCUGAUCCCACUGUGACAAGCAGGCUUUCUGAUACAAAGGCAGCAGGAGAGGUGAAAGCCCUGGAAGAUUUCUAUAAGAUGCUCCAGCAUGAGCCUGACAGAGCUUUCUAUGGGCUGGCUCAUGUGGAGAAAGCUGUCGACGCCCUCGCCAUUGACACCUUGCUGAUAAGUGAUAAGCUGUUCAGACAUCAGGACGUCCCCACGAGGAGUCGUUACGUUCGGCUGGUGGACAGCGUGAGAGACAAUGGUGGCAAUGUCAGAAUAUUCUCAAGCCUUCAUGUGUCUGGUGAACAACUGACUCAGCUGAGCGGAGUGGCUGCCAUCUUGCGGUUUCCCAUCGCGGACUUAUCAGAGGCUGAGGACGACAGCAGCUCAGACGAAGACUGAUCCACAGAAAUGGACCACAAAGCUCUUAUUUGGAGAAAAGAAGGCGGUCGUCCAUUGUUGCAUUGACUCAGUUUGUUAUAAAACAAUAAAGUUGCUGUGUUCUGA